UCCGGGGCUUUCACACAACCCCCAUAAAGUUGUGGGUAAAAAAAUCAAGGUUCUUAUCAAAGUGGGCUACUUUGUAUAACUGUGUGUGUGUGCCCACUGACAGCAGACUUCUUGAAACUCGCUUCAAAUCCUCCUCCAGGUGCCAUCCUUGGGUUCAGUGACAUGUCCACUAGGAGCCCUAAAGUGUCCGAAGCGCCUGCUUCCUGUCAGCCAUCGUCCUCCUGUCUGGACAGCAGCAGAGUCCUGGACCCCGCUCCAGACCUCGGAGCGGUCCCCGUGGCGCGGCCACCACUGCUGGCACGACGCCUGGUCCGUUUACGGGCAUGCCGAAGCCACCUGAGCCCCGUUAGACGCCGCAAGAGGGAGAUGAUUCCCGCCGACAAGAAGGAUGCCUCAUACUGGGAUAAGAGGCGCAAGAACAACGAAGCGGCCAAACGGUCCCGGGAGAAGCGCAGGAUCAACGACCUGCUGAUGGAGGGCCAGCUGCUGGCUCUGAGUGAGGAGAACGCCCAGCUGCGAGCUCAGGUGCUCAAUCUGCAGUACCACACUAACCUGAGUGUGGAACAAGGCAAAACUGCAUCUGCAUGUGCAGCAUCCCCUGCAUCCGUGCUGGCUUCCACGCUCCCUCUAUCCCCCCACAGCCCUGCUUUCCUACAGGUGGGACUUUGGCGUCAACCUGGGAUCAGCUCAGCAGCUGUUUCUGGAGUGAGGCAACGGGAAACCGCGUUGAACCACUUAGAGGGCAAGAUUCCUUGUUUUAACCCAAUUUAUAACCCGCUAGGUCAUCAUUAUCUUGUCACACAGGGCCCCAUGCGUCUAUCAGGGCCCCGGGUCCUCUCCCAUGGAGAAAGUGCAGGGGUGUGCAGGCCGGCAGAGGUGGACAUUGACUCCCAUCGACAGGUCAACAGUGAGGACAUCUCCAUGUCUGCUGACGCUUCCCCUCAGCCUUUCUCAGCUCUGCCAGGGCUUCUGUCCCCAUUUGACCCACAGCAUCAUACCUCCACCGUUCCAUACCCACAUCCGAACUGGGUGCUACCUCAUCUGAACCACCCUGCAAUGUGGCGCCCCUCGUAUCUACAGAAACCCACCGUCUACCCAGGCCGGUCCGUUCAGAUGCAAGGGAGGCAUGCCCAGGGUGUCGGCGUGGAGGAGCACAUCCAAAGGAGAUUGAUGAGCCGCUUGAGUACGGAACAAUGAGAGCAAGAGGGACACAUGCAGCUGAAAUGUGCAAAUAUGCAAAGGGUGAUGCUUUGGCAAAUCUGUUUAGAAGAAAAUGCGCCAAAACAAGUUUUAAAAUUGAUACAUAUGCAAGUUUUUUUAAAUGUUGUUAAAUUGACAUUGCCUAAAUCCUGCAGGGUAGAAAUGUAGCAUAUCCGGAGCGCAUUUAAUGUAUGGUUCCCUUACAGCCAAAUUGGUUCACAUAAACCGAUUUUCUGUGGCUUUUUUGAGGUUUUUAUGCUUUUGUUGGUAAUAAAGUUACAUGGUUUAGAGGUUUUAUUAACAAAAUCAUUAGUACCUUUGUGCUUAAUAAUCAAAUUAAGCGUGACAUA